AAAUAAAGGCAAGAGGGUAAUUGCAAUCAAUCCAGAACGCGAGAAGACAGGCCACGGCGAGAGCGAAUUGGAUGCUCGAGGAAAAGAACGGAUCGACUUCGGGCAGACAAACAGAGCAAACAUGCCAAACAUCCAGCAGAGUCAUUCCUGGUCUUCAUUAUCUACACUGUUCUACGCCUAUUGGUUCCCAGGAUCGAGAUAUGUAUGCAAUGACGUAGAGUUGGCUAAUUCCAGACAUGGUUGCAUGCAACCUGCUCACAAUGCAGGUGCGGAGUCGAAGCAAAAGCCUCCAGCCCCUCUCGUACUUGUGGAACAACUGGAUAUAUAACCGGGAGCCCGGAACUGAUCUAUGAAUGACGUCGUUGGUCGAGAGUAUCUUCUGGCAGUUUUCACACCAUUUCUGUAACAUAUUGCGAACUGCCUGAUUAUAUUGCUCUAUUUUAUCCACCAAAAUGCCUAUGACCCUCGAAGGCAGCUGCCAAUGCGGCGCAGUCGAAUUUACCCUCGACUCGAGCACCCCCGUUCCCUACCAGCUCUGCGCCUGCAGUAUCUGUCGCAAAGUAGGCGGAUACAAUGGCAGCGUCAACCUGGGCGGGAUCAACGAGAGCCUGAACAUCAAGAAGGGCAAGGAAGCUCUCAAGAAAUAUUCCGCCAUCAUGAACCGCGGUACUGCCGACCAGAAGGUCUGUUCGAGCGAGCGGAACUUUUGCUCCCAUUGCGGCACGAUGCUCUGGCUGUGGGAUCGGCACUGGCCAGAGCUGAUUCACCCCUUCGCCUCGGCCAUCGACACGGAGUUGCCGGCGCCGGACGAGAUGGUCUGUAUCAUGCAGGACUCCAAGCCGUCCUGGGUUCGGUGGCCCGAGGGCAAGAAACAGGUGUUUGAGGAAUACCCGGAAGAGAGCCUGGAGGGAUGGCACAAGAAGCACAAGCUGUUCAUGGCUUAAGGGUUGAACUUGGACAGCAUGGACUGUAAUCUGUACAUGGGUUGAUGACGACGAUGAUUACGACGAUUGGAGAAAGCUACAGUACGGUGUAGGAGUGAUCAAAAUUUGAAUUGG